AUGCUCCAGCAGCUCUGGGCGUCGUGGCUUUUCCCACUGUUCCUGGCCGGCCUCGCCCAGCCGACCCAGAAGAUGAAGAUGGAUUGCUACAAGGGGGUGACGGGCACCAUCUAUGAGUAUGGAGCCCUCAGCCUCAAUGAAGAGGAGCACAUUCCGUUCAAGCGGUACGCGGGCAAGCACGUCCUCUUUGUCAACGUGGCUACCUACUGUGGCCUGACAGCUCAGUACCCCGAACUGAAUGCACUGCAGGACGAGCUGAAGCCUUCUGGUGUCGUCGUGCUGGGCUUUCCCUGCAACCAGUUUGGAAAACAAGAACCAGGAAAGAACUCAGAGAUCCUUUCUGGGCUCAAGUAUGUGCGUCCGGGUGGUGGCUUUGUCCCCAAUUUUCAGCUCUUUGAGAAAGGGGAUGUGAAUGGAGAAAAAGAACAGAAGGUCUUUACCUUCCUGAAGAACUCCUGCCCUCCAACCUCUGAUCUUUUGGGCUCAGCAAGCCAACUCUUCUGGGAGCCCAUGAAGGUCCACGACAUCCGCUGGAACUUUGAGAAGUUCCUGGUGGGGCCUGAUGGAGUCCCUGUCAUGCGCUGGUUCCACAAGGCUCCCAUCAGCACGGUCAAGUCAGACAUCCUGGAGUACCUGAAACAGUCCAAAACCAAGUAG